ACGUUUGAGCGGACCAAUCAUAACGGGCGAAGGGAUCACGUGAUCUGUCCGUCUCCCUUCAACAGAGAGGCAGGGAGCAGGGCUAGUGUAACAUGCAACUGGUCAGCAUUUUCCCCAAAUUUUGUAUCAUCUUAAAAGUUUUACAGCAAGACCGACAGGUACAGAGAUGUAAUAAGAUAGGCUGGCCAUGACAAGAUGACAUCAGCAUCCUUCCCACCAUCAUAAAUAUUCACCACAGCAGGACCACCUGUUGACACCUGCCACAACGUCUAGGACACCUGUUGGGACACCUGUGAAAUACUUAUGUAGACAAAAGGAAACUUGAACUUGCUGACAAUCGUGUGCAGUAGACAUAACCUUAAAGCAAUAUUUUUAUAAACAUAGAUAUUUAAAAUCUAAGGAAGAGUCUAUAUAGAAAUUUUCACUGACAAGUGAAGGAAAUAGUGCAACUUAAGACAAUCAAAAUGGCAUCUGCUAUUGCCGACUUUUACAAGGACAAGAAUGUUUUCGUUACCGGGGCAACGGGAUUCCUCGGGAAGGUCCUUGUUGAGAAGCUGCUACGUUCCUGCCCAGAAGUGGAGGGAAUUUACUUGUUGAUCAGGCCAAGAGGAGACCAGACUGCCCAAGAGAGGUUGAACAAGAUUGUAGAGUGUAAGCUCUUUGACAAAGUUCGUCAUGAACAGCCAACCUUCCACCGCAAGCUGCACGCCAUCCCCGGAGAUAUGUGUGAACCCGCCUUAGGCAUUAGCCAAUCAGAUGAGGACAUGCUGGUGUCAAAGAUUCACAUCGUUUUCCACUCUGCAGCAACAGUUAGAUUUGAUGAUCCCCUGAAACCCUCCAUGCAGCUGAAUGUUGUGGGGACACGGUAUGUCAUCGCCUUGUGCCACAAACUCAAACACCUUCAGGCUUUUGUGCAUGUUUCAACUGCUUAUGCCAACUGUGACAGGAGUUACAUCGAAGAGGUUAUCUACCCUCCCCCUGUGCAGCCUCAGAAGCUGAUUGAUGCUCUGGAAUGGAUGGAUGACACCAUGGUGACUAAGUUGACUCCAGACUUGAUAGGCAAAAGACCCAACACCUACACCUUCACCAAGGCAUGUGCGGAGUACCUACUGACACAGGAGGCAGCUGACCUGCCACUGUCCAUCGUCAGGCCUUCUAUCAUUGGUGCCUCUUGGAGAGAGCCUCUGGUGGGCUGGUGUGACAACUUCAAUGGACCCAGUGGGCUUUUUGUUGCAAUUGGAAAGGGCUUGCUGCGGACCAUGCGGGGAGAGUACAAUGCCUAUGCCGAUAUCAUACCAGUAGAUUUACCUGCCAACCUGAUGAUUGCUGUUGCCUGGGACACAGCUGUCUCGAGGCCAGAGAACAUCCCUGUGUACAACUCAACAUCAGGUGGUGUCAACCCGUUUAGAUGGGGAGAGAUCGAGGGCAUGCUGGUAACAUACUUCAAGAAAUACCCUCUUGAUAAGCCCUUCAGGAGACCCAACUGUGCAUUUGUCAGCAACAGUUUCAUGUACCAGUACUGGCAAAUCGUCAGCCACAAGGGACCGGCUUACCUGUAUGAUAUCUGGCUCAGGAUGAUCGGACAGAAACCCAGGGUUGUUAAGAUGUAUAACAAGUUAGAGAGGGCCCUACAGAGCUUGGACUACUUCACAUCUCACCACUGGGAGUGGAGCCAUGACAAUGCAGAUGCACUGAUGGCCAAGAUGGGUGAAGAAGACAAGAAGAUCUUCAAGUUUGACUGCCGUGGCCUCCACUGGCCAACCUACAUGGAGAACUAUGUCCUGGGCACCAAGAAGUAUGUACUGAAGGAGGACAUGGACCAGCUCCCAAUAGCAAAGGCAAAUCUGAACAAGCUUCGUAACAUCCGAUGGGGAUUCAACACCAUUCUGAUUGUUGUGUUCUGGCGUGUGUUGAUCGCACGGACGAAGAUUGCCCGUAACAUCUGGCACCUGGUCGUCAGCCUCUGCUUCAAGUUCCUCCAGUACUUGCGCAUCUCCAGCACACAGGGUCCUUAGGGAAUUCAAAAGUUACAGAUUGGGAAGGGUUAAUGCCAACUACAACUGCCUUACAUUGUCCUAUUGAGAAUAUAAAUAUCUUCUCUUUAUUAUAGCUUUCAUGAUGAAGGGGAUUAUUAACUACAUGUAGGCUAUAGGUGUUGGAAUUUUUUCUUUUACAGCCUUUAACCUAAAAUUUACAAAAUAUGAUUGGCAGACAGUAAAUUAUGUUUGGUGAUACAUUUGUAUUAGAGUAACCUCAAGUAGUGUAUUUUGCGGAAUGUUUUAAUUCAGAUAGCUACCGGGGUAAAAGCAAAUUGAAGAGUAUGUUUGUUUGUUGAGCACUUUGUGCUAUGCUAGGAAAGGGUAUGUUGAGGAGGAAAAUUAUGUUGAUUUUGAUACAUUUUCAUAAGGAGCCGUAAAUAUUUUUUCAAAAUAUUUUGUGGGGAGCAUAGUCUCCGCUAUGGACAGAGCCGAUGAUACAUUACAUUUUAACUGGAGCUAUUCCCACCUUUGCCCCCAGCAAGCUUUUUUUUGUAAUUUCUUGUUACUUGGUCAUAUGAUGGUUGGUAGGACUUACCGGACAACUUGAAAAUUUUAGACAGGAUAAAAUACAUGUAUAAUGCAUAGAGGUAACAAUAUACAGUGGCAGCCAUACAAUGUCAGGUUGCCAAAGAAUGCAUGAAGUACAGAAUGAUGUAAGACCAUGUUGACUUUGGUGUGCUAUGCCAAAUGGCAGUUACACCGGUUGACCAACUCAGAUCCAGAUAAACAAUUUCUCUACAACAGCGUUUCACAUGUGUACAGUGUCCAUCCUCAGCACGAAGCCAGGAGUAACAUAGCUCUACUCUCCCAUCUAUGUGAAGGCUAUAACUUACAAGGAUAUGUCCUACAUGGAACUUCCCAGUUCACUAGGAUGUGGGGAGGGGGGGUGCUCUAAUAACAUCCUAAUCUAGCUAAAGAGCUGGUGCAACACUUUCGUUAGUUUGUGCUUUUCGAAUGAAUUUUUGUAUCUAACACAAUAUGAACUACAAUAAUGCCAGGGUGCAGUCUCUAUGCAACUCACUAUAAAACAUGGAAACAUACAUUGUAGAGCAGUAGACUAAGAUAGAAAGCCAUGUAUUGUACAUAGUGUGGACGGAUGGUUUCUGACAAACACAAUUUUUGCAGUGCAGUUUGCCAAGAAUAUUGUUAUGCUGUUGCCGUAGACGUAUGGGCAGUCUGUCCAUCCAGAAAGGUUGUACACCUCUGUUGGUCAUGAAACACCGUCUUUCCUGAAUACUCCUUGAGGAUGUUCCACAGGGCUUCCCUGCGGCCGCACUCUUUCUGGCUUUCUUUGUAGAAUUAUAUGUGCCAGAUUUACUUUCCACAAUGACAUCAUGGAAUCCCUCAUCUAACAUUCCUUUACUUUUUUUCUGUGCCUUUCACUUUUCCGUACUAUGGAGUCUGAUAAACCAUUUGGUCAUGAUUAGCUGGGAGAGGAUGGUGAACACAUCUACACUUUUGUUUUAAAUUUUAGUUUUAAAUUCAUCCAGGCAUGUCUUUUCUAAGUUUUGAAAUGUUCAUGCCAACUUAUUUUGAUCUGCUAAAACUUGCCAAAUGGUCAGCAGCUCCUCUUGCUUUCUUGUAGCUGAAAUUUGUGCCAUCACAACCACUGUGCAAACCUCUAACAUGAAAAUAGGUAGGGUUUUUAUAUAAUGACUACAUGCACUCUUGACAGUUAUAAAAAUUGCUUGUGCUUUGGAAAUGUUGGGUAUCACACUACUGCCUGAGGAUGCUUGCUGCUUUGUGAUAUGAUAAACUGCAAUGACAAUUGCACUUAAUAAAUUUUCCACCUUUCCUGUA